UCUUGGCAGUCAGUCAUGUGUAUGCUUGCGACAAUCGUGCUGCGCAUCACUGCGGCGGUGGGGCUAUUGUAUGCAGGCUGGCAUGGCUUGAAGAAAAUCGGCGUCGAAUACCCAGGCAUCAGUUGCUGGAAUGCGUCCAGACUUUUGGGCGUAGGAAGAAGCAACCAUCGAGAUGAAGGCAUAUACGUUAUGAUCCCCAAGGUAUACAACGCAAUGCGAAACGGGUGCUACUUGAGCGGGGAGUGGCUGCUUGGUGGCCGCCUGACACAAAUGCUAACACAUCUGGAAGUUGGAGAAUGGCUGCAGAGAUGCACGCAUGCGUUGACACGGCUCGAGUGGUUAUUGAACCAACACGUCUGCCACGCGGUUCUGUUACUGUCAUUGCUUCUCGCCAUUGCAAUUGCUUACAGGUGGUUCACGAAGGAUACCGAGAAGCCCAAGAACGUGGGCAGUGUAGCCACUACCCCAGCGCGAAACCUGUCUCCCUUCACUGCUACGGAGAGAUCGGCCUUCAGCCCUGCCCGGUAUACUUCAAGCUCAUCCUGGUUUGUUGGGGAUGAUGACGAUGACAGCUUCCCUAUCAGACCACGGACACUGCGUGACGUCAUGCUAGGCAGCACAUGGGAGGAUGGUGAGCCAUACAGCGGUGGACUGCACGAACGAGAAGCGCCUUCAGUGUCAAGUACGGACUCUUCAAGAAGCUUUGAGUCGCCAAGUGAGGUCGCCUAUCACACGCUCACAGACGACGCGGAUGCACAGGAUGUCUCGGACUCUGAAGAUGGAGCGGUGUACGAGUUACGGAGGCAGCAGGCCGCUGCCCGAGUCAUUCAGGAUUGGACGCGCACCGGGUUCCAGCAGUGGCUCCAAGAACGUGGGCCUCGCUUAACAGAUGUUCCGUUACGAGCGGCACCAGAAAAUUCAUUGGAUGAGGACUUCGGGGCAGUGUUCCCAACAAUUGCAGACAGUUCUGAAAUAGGCGCUACAUUGAUGUGGCAACCGGGCCGCCAGUCCUCUGAAGACGAUCUCCCCGGAGGGUCGCUGGCCGUUAAUGUGUCCCCCGAGAAGGACAUGGCUGAAGAACACGUGCCGAGGAGCAACCUCGGUGCUGGAAAAAGUCAAUCUCUCAAGGCCGAUCCAGAGAUGACAAAGAUACCCGAAUCGAACGUCUCUGAGAAUGAUGUUGCCUGGUCAUCGGACGAGACUACGUAUGCUCGGUUUCCUUCCCGGUUGUCUCCCAGUGGCAGUCCCCGGUCAUCUAUAUCGCCGGAAGAUGGGAACGGAGUUGACUCGAACGACGGCGCUCAUGCCCAGCAGCUUUUCGUCCAGCUUCCAGAACCGCUGCCGCGAACACCCGUAGACCAGCUUCUGCCGGGCCCAUCGUCCGAGAAAAUCUUCGGGGAACUCCUCAGAGAGUGCAAGCACGGUGUGCCCCUCACCUUUGAAGCCAUGCUUGAGGACAUUGGUGCGGACGGCUGCGUGAAGCUGUGUGAGGGCGGCGUGUACACGGAGGUGUUUCGCACUUGCGGAACCAGGGGUGGUGCCGUGCUCAAGGUGCUGCAUCCGGCCUACCUGGUCCGCCACCUGAACCUGGUGCUCACCGAAGUGCGCAUAGCAAGAUCCUUGCGUAGCUUGAGCAUGGACGUCGACAACAACACUAGAGGCUUUGCAGAACUGCGAGCGGUGUAUGCAGUAUGGGACAAGUACCCGGAGGUGAUGGUGAACGCGUGCGUCAACUACCACAGCCGGAAAAAUUUCUCCCUCUUCAGUGACGAAGAACGAGACCUCUGCAGACCUUACGUGGUCCUGUACAUGUCACAUGCCGGUCGCCCACUCAACAAAGUAAAGUUCCAAAGUGCCCUCCAGAUCCGCUCAGUGGUUCAGCAGGUGGCACUCACUCUUGCUGCGGGCGAGGCGGCCCUGGAGUUCGAGCACCGCGCCCUGACACCUGCUCAUGUUCUCGUCAACGAAGCGCAAGACCAGGUGGUUCCUUUCGUUCUGAAUGGCCGCGCGCUUCUUGUCCAUGCAUUUGGCGUCCAGGUCUCGAUCGUCGACUUUUCUGCGGCGCGGAUGACUCUUGCCGGCCAAGCAACAGAUUCCCAGCCGGUGUACGCAGAUCUGACCAAACUGCCUGCCAGGAAGAGAGCGGCACUAGGGGACACAUUCGCCAUGGUCUAUCAUUUCAUCAGCGAGGACCUCUCGCGAUUCCACCCGUGGACCAACAUGGAGUACCUGGAGGCGCUGACCAGGACGCUGGUCAACGCGUACGACAGACAUUUCGCCGGCGCCGCCGACGAGGAGGAGCGGCGCGCUUGGCGUGACGUGUGUUUCUGGCUGGCCGAGAUGCCGCACUGGGGGGGCGCCAGGCCGUUCGCGCUCGAACUGGUGGCGCCCAGCUUACCGUUCACUAAGGCGUCGACGUCCACCUCACGUCAGCGUUAAUUCCAUCCCAAAGCGACGUUGCUGGGAUCGCUACAGCAGCUUACGAUGUGCUCGGCACUGGUUGCCAAAUUAAAAAACAAAAAGACUUAUAUGUUCAAUAUGGCAUCUGAGCAUUUCGACAUUGCUUUGAUGAGCAUGGUCAGGAAUGAUGCAGAACGUAAUUGUUUAGUAGUUCGCAAAAUCCCGCGCAGUGAAGCCCAAUAAUAAACGUCUGCAGAUUUCUGGCGA